AUGGAAAAAAAUGCAAGCACUGGUCAGAAAUCGGUGACGGUGCAGGCCGGCGGCGUUUCGGUGAGGGGGCGGCUGUCGCUGUCAGGACUGCGGACGACGGACGCGGGGGUGUACGAGUGCGUGGCCAGCAACGCGGUGGGGGAGGCGCGCCACGCAGCCCCUCUGCACGUGCUGGGCCCGCCCCACGUGCGGCCUAUGCGCGACGCGAGGCUGGUCGCCAGGGAGGACGCCACCUUCCACUGCCGCGUCACCGGCUACCCCAUCAGCGAGGUCCACUGGGAGAGGGAAGAGGCACCAGAGAUUGAUCCAAUUGUAAUCAAACGUGACUUGCAACUGGGCAUGCGGAUGCGUCUUGUCUGUGUAGUAAGUAAAGGGGACUUCCCGAUACGGAUUCAGUGGCUAAAAGAUGGAAGUCCCAUACCAGAGGAUCAAGACAUUGCUGAGAAAAUCCUAGAUGAGUACUCGAGUACACUGAGUUUCAGCAGUCUGGCUGUUAAACACAAUGGAAAUUAUACCUGCCACGCUUCAAAUGCUGCUGCAUCCAGGAACUACUCUGUGGAAAUAAUUGUAAAUGUACCACCUACAUGGAGAGUGGAACCCCACGAUAUGGAGGUAAUAGCUGGACAACGUGUCACGCUGGCCUGUGCUGCAGAGGGGUCUCCAGCACCACAUAUUCACUGGAUGAAGGACACAGGUUCCCUACCUCCUCAGUAUCAGGAACUGGAUAACACAAGGAUGAAUUACAAGAUUCUUCAGAAUGGAAGCCUUCUGAUCCAUAGUGUUCAACCAGAUGACAGAGGAUAUUACUUGUGCCAGGCAUCAAAUGGAAUUGACUCAGGUCUCAGUAAAGUGGCACAUCUUUCUGUUCAUGUUCCUCCGAGAUUCUCCACACACACUACAAAUGUUACAGUACCAAAGGGAAGCACUGCUAUACUUAACUGCACAGUGGCUGCUGACAAACCAAUGUCUGUUACCUGGUACCAAAAUAAUCAUGAACUUAAGCCUAAGCAACACCCAAAAAUAAAUAUUAAAAAAGAGAAUACAAGCAAAGGAGUAACAUCAACGCUCAUGUUCAAACAUGUUCGCAGAGAAGAUACUUCAUCCUUUAUUUGUGUUGCCUCAAACAAAUAUGGAAAGGACCAAUUAGAAAUGAAACUUAUUGUCCAGGAAACUCCAGAACCACCUACUAAUGUUCGUGUAAAUAACUUCACAAGCCGAUCAGUCUCUCUCAGUUGGGAGCAGCCAUAUAAUGGAAACAGUGCCAUUGGAGCUUACAUAGUGCAGUAUAAGAACACAACAGCAGUUCCUUGGCACCAGAAUGUUGUCCAGGUUGUAGUUAGAGGAGAUCAGCUGAAUGUUACCCUCAAAGAUCUGAAACCUGCAAAUGGUUACCAGUUCCAAAUUAGAGCAGAAAAUUCUGUUGGUGUAUCCAACGCAAGUGAAACAGUAACUUUGACUACGCUGGAAGAAAUACCAGAAGCACCACCGAGGGACAUCGAGGUUAAAGUGAAAGAUUCCAAAACACUUCUAGUGACCUGGAAGCCACCUGAUGAAAGCCUACAAAAUGGAGAAAUAUUGGGAUAUUAUAUCGGGUAUAAGAUCAGUAAUUCAUCAGAGCCAUUCCAUUACAAAACUUUUGAAGUAACCCCUGGAAUGGACCUGCAAAAUACAUUGAAUGAAUUGCAGAAAUUUACAGAGUACAGUGUCUUAGUUCAAGCAUACAACAGAGCUGGUGCUGGCCCGCACAGUAAAGAAGUCACUGCUACAACAGAGGAAGAUGUGCCAGGAGCACCACCUAGUGAUGUUCAGUGCACAGCAUUGUCUUCACAGAGAAUUUUAGUGCUGUGGUCUAGUCCUCCAGAAUCUGCUAUCAAUGGAAUACUGAAGGGUUACAAAGUACUCUACCGCUCACUGGCAGACUUUGAAGUAUUGUAUAGUAAUUAA